UUUAACUAAAUUAACAUGGCUCGAAUGAACCGCCCAGCUCCUGUGGAAAUCACUUACAAGAACAUGAGAUUUCUUAUUACACACAAUCCAACUAAUGCGACCUUAAACAAAUUUAUAGAGGAACUUAAGAAGUAUGGAGUUACCACAAUAGUAAGAGUAUGUGAAGCAACUUACGACACUAGUCUUGUGGAGAAAGAAGGCAUCCAUGUUCUCGAUUGGCCUUUUGAUGAUGGCGCACCACCAUCUAACCAGAUUGUUGAUGAUUGGUUAAGUCUUGUGAAAAUUAAGUUUCGUGAAGACCCUGGUUGUUGUAUUGCUGUUCAUUGUGUUGCGGGCCUUGGGAGAGCUCCAGUGCUUGUCGCCCUAGCGUUAAUUGAAGGUGGAAUGAAAUACGAAGAUGCAGUACAGUUCAUAAGACAAAAGCGACGUGGAGCUUUUAACAGCAAGCAACUUUUGUAUUUGGAGAAGUAUCGUCCUAAAAUGCGGCUGCGCUUCAAAGACUCUAAUGGUCAUAGAAACAACUGUUGCAUUCAGUAAAACUGGGGUGCUUGAUGCCAUUGCUUGGAAGUGGAACCUAGACAGGACGGGAUUUGUCAUACAUGUUAGCCAGCACGUUGGCUUGGUGAAGUCUGAUGAAGCUUCCAUAGGAGUGUUGAAACGCAGUUUUACCAGGCCACAAGCCUAGCAGAAUUGCAGCCUCUAUGUUUGGGUUAUGAUCAACCUACUUGGACACUUAGCAAAGGAUUCUUGCUGUUCAGCAUUUAAAAUGUGCUUAUCGUUUGUACCAAUUGACUUUUCCUGAAAUCAUGUAGUAUGGAGUCAUUCAUGUCUUUAAAUCUGUUCCAUGCCAGAUUCUUAUCAGUAUAUAAGAAAUUUAGAAAGACUAGGUGCCAAAAUACCCAGCACAAUUCUUGUUACUUUUAGUAUCGAACUAAAAUCCCAGGAACUAUGAAAACUCUGGACCUUAUGUGUUUUAUUCUUUCCAUCAUUUCAAACAUAGAAAGUAGGACCUAUAAGGUUAUUUGCUCACAGUAUGUUUACAUCUUCCACAUUCAUACCAGUAUACAUCAGAUUUGCUCGUUUGGUUUUUUUUCAUUAACCAAGUCUUACCAGUGAUUAUUUAAUGUCUUUCUAUAAAUCUCAUUUUGUGCUGUCAUGGAAGACCUCCGUUUUGAAAAUCUACAUUGUACAGAAGCACAUGUCUUUAAUGUCUCCAGACAAAAAAGCCUUACAGUUAAUUUUAAUGUUUGCACUUUGGGGUGCAACUUACAGGGAGGGCCUGAAAAAGGAAUGGGAGGGGGCUAUUAAGUAUUUUUAGUAAAAUGUUGCCUUUGUCUUGUGCAGAACAUGUAGAAUAUGCGCUUUAAUUUAGUAAAUAUUUUUUUAAAAUGUAGAAAUACUUUGUUAUUGUAGCUAAAACAAUUCUUAAUCAUAAAAUUUCUGAAAUUCUUGUAAUUUUUUUUCAAACUUAUCUGAAGUUGUUUACCAACUUAUUUUUGUUUGAAGUGUGAUUCCCAACCUCUUGCAAAAAAAAAAAGUGGGUUUCUGCUAAUGAAUUGAGCAGACAUUUAAUAUUUUAUAUGCCUUUUGAGCUGUGUAACUUAAUAUUUGGAUACUUGACAAUUUGUUUUAUUAUGUGAUUGAUAAAAUGGUGAUGUGUAUUAACGUCAGCUCAACCAUAUAUUUAUACUGUCCGGGAACAUGUGGUUAUAGUUCUGUGGGAGAAAUAAUUUGUCAGUGUUCACCAGCUUGUAAAAAUCUAGUGCGAGAGCUUAAACAUUAAAUAAAUGAUGAAAUGCA